GGCCAUUAACGAUAUAUACACACAAGCAAAUAAAGUGGAAUAAUAACCCUGAAUAAAUAAGUUCAGUAAAUUAUUUCGUGUGAUAAGAAAACUCAUUGCUAAAUUCAUUGCUAAAUGCUUACAUUUUAGUAUAAAGUUCUAAUCGUCGUGGCCACUGAAAGACGCGCGAAAGUGAAAACAUGGCUAAUUUCUUGCAAAAGCACAAAAAAUGGAUUAUAUCCGCAACAGUAACCAUGGUGGCUGUGAUAGCCAUAAUUCUGUAUUUUGUUCUUGCCGCCAGUGGCAAGGAUCCAAAUAUAGAAGAAGAAGAAGCAACUGCUUAUAAUUUUAUAAGAGUGACUAAUAAAAAGAAUGAGGAAAAUCUCAAUAAGGCAACGAUAGCUGAAUGGAAUUAUGCUUCUAACAUUACCGAUUAUAAUCUUGAAAUUAGUUUAAAUGUAUCUGCGGAAGUCGCCCAACAAGAUAAAGAAACCUGGGAGCAAGUGAAGCAGUUCGAUUGGAAACGCUUCUCUUCUACUGAUCUGAGGAGGCAGUUUAAGUCUUACUCAGUUAUUGGAAGCGCAGCCUUACCAGAAGCAGAAUUUAAGGCUUUGAAGAAACAUAUUAGCGACAUGGAAUCUGUGUACGCCAAGGCAAAAAUUUGUGAUUAUAAUAACAAAACCAACUGUGAUCUAGCUUUAGAACCUGAAUUGACAGCUAUUUUGGCAAACUCGAGAGAUGAAAAGGAACUAAAACACGUAUGGGUAGAAUGGAGAAAGGCCCUUAGCAAGUGCAAAGCAGAUUAUAUUCCCUACGUGACCCUAUCUAACCAGGCAGCUAAAUUAAACAACUUUACUGAUAAUGCAGAACUGUGGCUCUUAAACUACGAAGACGAUACUUUCAAAGACCAAGUACAAGCUUUAUGGGAGCAAGUGAAGCCUUUAUACCUAGAACUUCACGCCUAUGUGAGGUUCAAGCUAAGACAAAAAUACGGAGAUGUUGUCCCGGAGAAAGGACCUAUUCCUGCUCAUUUGUUAGGAAAUAUGUGGGCACAAACAUGGAACAAUAUUGCAAGCUUCACAUUACCAUAUCCAGAUGUUGUUGAUUAUGAUAUAACUGCAGAAAUGUUGAAACAGAACUUCACAGCGAAGAAGAUAUUUGAAACGGCCGAAAGUUUUUUCAAGUCCAUCAAUUUAACAGCUAUGCCCGAUCUGUUCUGGCAGAGAUCAAUCAUAGAGAAGCCGAAGGAUAGGGAAAUCGUUUGUCAUGCCUCAGCCUGGGACUUCUACGAUGGAAAGGACUUCAGGAUCAAAAUGUGUACUGACGUUAAUUAUGAGGAUAUGAACACAGCUCACCACGAAAUGGGACACAUAGAGUACUUUUUACAGUACCGCAAUCAGCCUACUCCAUACCGGACUGGAGCUAAUGAUGGAUUCCACGAAGCUGUUGGAGACCUGAUUUCUUUAUCAUUCAGUUCCACCAAACAUUUGCGGAAAAUUGGACUAAUAACAUCCAAAGCUGAUAACAAUGAACAGCUUCUCAACAACUUAUACAAGAUUGGUUUAGAAAAAAUCGCAUUCUUGCCAUUCGGAUACUUGAUCGACUUGUGGCGAUGGGAUAUCUUUGCAGGAAAAACUACUCCUGAAAACUACAACUGUAAGUGGUGGGAACUAAGGGAAAAGUACCAAGGACUUGAACCUCCAGUUGAUCGGUCUGAAGAAGAUUUUGAUCCAGCUGCAAAGUACCACGUAGUUGCAGACGUUCCAUAUCUCAGGUACUUCAUAAGCUUCGUCGUUCAGUUCCAGUUCCAUAAAGCUGUGUGCGAAAAAGCAGGAGAAUAUGAGCCAAAUAAUCCUAAAAAACCUUUACAUGAAUGUGAUAUUUAUCAGAAUACUGAUGCUGGUAACGCUCUUAAAAAAAUGCUUGAAAUGGGUGCUUCUAAACCAUGGCCGGAUGCAAUGGAAGCUUUGACAGGUCAAAGAACCAUGGACGCUAGUGGACUUUUGGAAUAUUUUAAACCUCUUACUACAUGGUUGAAGCAAGAGAAUGCCAAAAAUGGAGUUCAAGUUGGUUGGGAAAAGAGCAAAAGAGUAUGCGUAAGGACUAGGCAGGAGUUAGUCUCAAAGGAUAAGCCCAAGGAAUCCACAGAAUGUGGACUCUGUUAUACGCUGUUAGUAACCAUGGUGGCUGUGAUAGUCAUAAUUCUGUAUUUUGUUCUUGCCGCCAGUGGCAAGGAUCCGAAUAUAGAAGAGGAAGAAGCAGCUGCUUAUAAUUUUAUAAGAGUGACUAAUAAAAAGAUUCAGGAAAAUCUGAAUAAGGCAAUGAUAGCUGCAUGGAAUUAUGGUUCUAACAUUACGGAUUAUAAUCUUGAAAUUACUUUAAAUGUAACUGCGGAAGUCGCCCAACAAGGUAAAGAAAUCUGGAAGCAAGUGAAGCAGUUCGAUUGGAAACGCUUCUCUUCUACCGAUCUGAGGAGGCAGUUUAAGUCCUACUCACUUCUUGGACGCGCAGCCUUACCAGAAGCAGAACUCAAGGCUUUGAACAAACAUAUUAGUGACAUGGAAUCUGUGUACUCCAAGGCAAAAAUUUGUGAUUAUAACAACAAAACCAACUGCGAUCUAGCUUUAGAACCUGAAUUGACAGCUAUUUUGGCAAAUUCAAGAGAUGAAAAGGAACUGAAACAUGUAUGGGUAGAAUGGAGAAAGGCCCUUAGCAAGUGCAAAGCAGAUUACAUUCCCUACGUGACCCUAUCUAACCAGGCAGCUAAAUUAAACAACUUUACUGAUAAUGCGGAAGUGUGGCUCUUAGACUACGAAGACGAUACUUUCAAAGACCAAGUACAAGCUUUAUGGGAGCAAGUGAAGCCUUUAUACUUAGAACUUCACGCCUAUGUGAGGUUCAAGCUAAGACAAAAAUAUGGAGAUAUUGUCCCGGAGAAGGGACCAAUUCCUGCUCAUUUAUUAGGAAAUAUGUGGGCACAAGCAUGGAUCAAUAUUGCAAGCUUCACAUUACCAUAUCCAGAUGUUGUUGAUUAUGAUAUAACUGCAGAAAUGUUGAAACAGAACUUCACAGCAAAGAAGAUAUUUGAAACGGCCGAAAGUUUUUUCAAGUCUAUCAAUUUAACAGCUAUGCCCGAUCUGUUCUGGCAGAGAUCAAUCAUAGAGAAGCCAAAGGAUAGGGAAAUCAUUUGUCAUGCCUCAGCCUGGGACAUCUUCGAUGGAAAGGACUUCAGGAUUAAAAUGUGUACUGACGUUAAUUAUGAGGAUAUGGACACAGCUCACCACGAAAUGGGACACAUAGAGUACUUUUUACUGUACCGCGAUCAGCCUACUCCAUACCGGACUGGAGCUAAUAAUGCAUUUCACGAAGCUGUUGGAGACCUGAUUUCUUUAUCAUUCAGUUCCACCAAACAUUUGCGGAAAAUUGGACUAAUAACAUCCAAAACUGAUAACAAUGAACAGAUUCUCAACAACUUAUACAAGAUGGGUUUAAAAAAAAUCGCAUUCUUGCCAUUCGGAUACUUGAUCGACUUGUGGCGAUGGGAUAUCUUUGCAGGAAAAACUACUCCUGAAAACUACAACUGUAAGUGGUGGGAACUAAGGGAAAAAUACCAAGGAAUUGAACCUCCAGUUGAUCGGUCUGAAGAAGAUUUUGAUCCAGCUGCAAAGUACCACGUAGUUGCAGACGUGUCGUAUCUCAGGUACUUCAUAAGCUUCGUCAUUCAGUUCCAGUUCCAUAAAGCUGUGUGCGAAAAAGCAGGAGAAUAUGAGCCAAAUAAUCCUAAAAAACCUUUACAUGAAUGUGAUAUUUAUCAGAAUACUGAUGCUGGUAACGCUCUUAAGAAGAUGCUUAAAAUGGGUGCUUCUAAACCAUGGCCGGAUGCAAUGGAAGCUUUGACAGGUCAAAGAACCAUGGACGCUAGUGGACUUUUGGAAUAUUUUAAACCACUUACCACAUGGUUGAAGCAAGAGAAUGCCAAAAAUGGAGUUAAAGUUGGUUGGGAAAAGAGCAAAAGAGUAUGCGUAAGGACUAGGCAGGAGUUAGUCUCAAAGGAUAAACCCAAGGAAUCCACAGAAGAAGACCGGCGUUUGCGCAAGGACAAGUGCGUUUUUCGAAAAAAGACAAUAGAGUUUCUCGGGUUUCAAAUUAGUGAAGACGGUUUAGGUCCCACUAAAGACAAAGUCGCGGCCAUCACAAAUGCGCCUGCUCCGACUAAUAAAACCGAAUUACAAGCUUUUCUUGGACUUUUAAAUUUUUAUCAUGCUUUCCUAAAAGACAAGGCAACUAUUGCAAAUCCGUUCCAUGCACUGCUCCGACAGUACGUUCCUUGGCAGUGGCGUUUCAAGGAACAAAAAGCUUUUGAAAUAUUAAAAGACAUUUUGGCAAAAGAACCGGUGUUGGGACAUUACAGUGAACGGAAGGAUUUAUUUUUGACGUGUGAUGCUAGCCCUUACGGGUUUGUAUUCAAAAAAAAUAGAAACAUGUGUGAUAUCAGUGUUGUCAAGAAGACCCCUUUUGUGAUUAUCUAUUUUGUAAAUUUUCACUUAAUCCUUGCUCAAGUAAGCCUGCCCCCCGCGUUUAUCCCCAACGAUCAACGUCGAGAUCCUUACAAUAAUAACGGUAGAGGAGACCCCUAUAAUAAUGACGGUAGGGGUUUUUCGAGUUCAACACCUUUUCCACCCUACAGUUCUACCCCUUUUCCUCCCAGAGACUUCCCGUACAAUCCUAAUGACCCUAGAAACGACUACAACCAAAAUUUCGGGCAAAGACCCAGUGAUUUACCCCCGAGCUUUGUCUCUAAGAAUAACGUAAACAAUCCUCAAAAUUUUAACAAUCGACAGGGUGACUUUUCGGCUCAGAGACCUCUCAAUCCUCAGAAUUUCGGUGGUAGGUCCUUUGACGACGAUUUCAACAGGAGAAAUAGGGUCGAUGGAGAUAGAGAUAUAAGAGGGUUGUUACAGGCUUUGGAUAUUCAAGCUUCUCAAAUGUGCACGAAUAACGUGGCUGCUCAAUGGAACUUUGAGACCAACAUCAAUGAGGCUACUCAAUUGGAAGCUAUCAAUGCCCAACAAUUUUACUCGGAUUUCCAACACGGAGUCUGGGACCUGCUCAAUAAGGUGGGCAAUAUCAAUAGCCUGGAUCCUCAAACAUUUAGACAAAUUAAGUAUUACUCAGUGAUAGGGCCUUCGGCAUUACCUCCAGAAGAAUUAGAUAGGUACAAUCGACUGAUUAACGACAUGCUGGUCCUGUACAAUACUGGCUCUAUAUGUGCCUUCAAUGAUCCUCUACAUUGCGGGCUAAGACUACAACCAGAUCUGUCCAAAAUCAUGGCCAAGAGCAGAAACUGGGAUGAGCUGCAGUACGUUUGGACUGAAUGGAGGAGAAACUCAGGGCAGAAGAUGAAAGACUCGUACGAGCAGAUGGUAAAGGUAUCCAAUAAUGCUGCCAGAGCAAAUAAUUUUACUGACACUGCCGAUUACUGGAGCUUUCCAUUCGAAUCCCCAUCCUUGAUGUUAGACAUGGAAGAUGCCUGGGAAGAAGUAAAGCCCCUAUAUGAGCUCCUAUUGACAUACGUACGACGCAAACUAAGAGAAUAUUACGGACCUGAGAAGAUCAAUAGACAGGCACCUUUACCUGCCCACAUUCUGGGCAACAUGUGGGGUCAGUCAUGGAGCAAUAUAUUUGAUAUCACACAGCCGUAUCCUGGACAAAGCUUCUUAGAUGUUACUCCAGAAAUGAUCAAACAGGGUUACACGCCACCAGAUCUGUUCAGAUUGGCAGAAGACUUUUUCGUUUCAAUGAAUAUGAGUGUUCUUCCUCUAGAAUUUUGGCAAGGAUCGGUACUUCAAGAACCGCUGGACAGGAUAGUUCUUUGUCAACCUUCUGCCUGGGAUUUCUGCAAUCGUAGGGACUUUAGGAUCAAAAUGUGCACAAACGUCAACAUGAAAGACCUAAUAACAGCUCAUCAUGAAAUGGCACACAUUUACUACUUUAUUCAAUAUAAGAAUCAACCAAAAGUGUUCAGAGAUGGGGCAAAUCCAGCUUUCCACGAAGCUAUCGGUGAAGCGAUAGGUCUUUCAGUAGGCACUCCAAGGCACCUGCAGGCUUUGGGAUUAGUCCAAAAAUCUAUCGAUCGUGUAGCGGUGGAUAUAAACUUUUUGUAUUCAAUGGCUCUCGACAAGAUAGUCUUCCUGCCAUUCGCUUUGGUAAUGGAUAAGUGGCGAUAUGACGUCUUCAAGGGUGUUGUUCAAAAAGAAGAAUAUAAUUGCCAUUGGUGGCUUCUAAGUGAGAGAUACCAAGGUAUAAAACCACCAGUACUGAGGUCCGAAAUCGACUUUGAUCCAGGGUCCAAGUAUCAUAUUCCUGCCAAUAUUCCAUAUUUAAGGUAUUUCGUUAGCACGAUUCUCCAGUUUCAAAUCUACCGUUCCCUGUGCAUCGCCGCAGGACAGUACUCGCCCAAUGAUCCUGCUAGACCUCUCCACGAAUGCGACAUUUAUAGGAGCAAAGAAGCAGGAAGGAUCCUUACGCAAAUUAUGGAAAAAGGUUCUUCUCAAUCCUGGAGAGACGUUUUGUUUCAGGCUACAGGAGAAAGCAGACUGGAUGGAAGGGCAUUGAGGGAAUACUUCAGACCUUUGGAAGACUGGCUCAGAAAUGAGAACUUAAGAACAGGUGAAUUUGUUGGUUGGCUAUACGAUGGAGACUAUUGUAAACAAAGCAUAGAAACAGCUGGACUACAAGUUUAUGGAGGAUUUUAUAACAACUCUCAGACACCAACGAUUACCAGCUUUUUGCUCCUUAUAUCAUUAUUUUUCUGUUACAUGUUUAGUAAAACUAUACGAUGAUAUUUGAUUUAUUAGAACUUAUCAACAUGUAUUCUUGUAGGUAACCAACUGAAUAGUAUUGUCAAAUAUGUAAGAAUUAUAAAGAUUUUUAUGGUACGAUAUAAAAAUUAUUGUUUAAGUUUAAAAGUCUGGUUUCAUAAAUGAAAAUGCUAAAAAUGGAGUCGGGAGUUUAUUGAGUAAUUAAAAAAUAAGUAAAAAACAUAAUUAAUCAAAUAGGUUAUGUACGUUUUAUUUAUAAAAACCGAACUAUAAUAUUCAUUCUUAAAAUAAUUUUGUCUAAAUUUUAACCACUAUGCUACUGUUCCUUCUCUAAUAUCGAUGGAAGAGCAGUAACAACACAUUUAUAUUAUAUUAGAUUUUUAAUUUAAUUAUUUUUUAAUUUAAUUCUAUUAGAGAUUUGAACCAUAUUUUCUUUGAAUGCAAAAUUAACGAGAGAUAUAUAAAUCAAUUAUAUUACAAUUUACGACAAACACAAGUUCAUUUUCCAAUUAGUAUAGAAUAUCUAAUAAGUUGUCAUGAAAUGGAAAUAUUUAAAUUACUCAUAAACUACUUGAAAGAAACAAAUAUAGUCAUUUAAAUGAAAGAGAUAUAAAUAUCACAAAACUAAUAAAUUGAGGUAAAAAUAAAACAAAAAUCUGUGGCUAACGGACCCGCAUCCAAGCCAUUUUUUCUCACACACACAUAUAUUAUAUUUCUCGCGGUAUUUUUACCAUUUUUCAGUUUCCAUUUCUGAGAUUCAGCUGCGUAAAAUUAGUAGGGCAACGAUUUUUUCUCGUGUAGGUUUCAUAAUUUUUUAUAUACCUUUUAGAUAUACAUAUCUACAGAAAGUAUUUAAAAAACCAAAUGAAUGAUGGCUCUACUAGAAAUCAAUGUGUGUGAAUGUAGUACGUUUAUCGCAGCAAUUGAUAAGUCAGUAGUAUGACAAGUGGUCUUACUAAAUCAAAACUUUACUCUUAGCCAGUGGUCGGCAAAGUGCGGCUCCGGAGCCACAUGUGUCUCUUUGGCUCCUUAGAUGCGGCUCUGGCACAAAUAUCCACGGAAGGCGCAAUAAUAUUUUCAUUGGAAAAAAACUACAUUAAAACAUUACCUACAUCUUAUUGCUCUUAAUGCUACAAUAACCGAGUUGAAAUUUUCUCCUUUUGAAAUUGGCCUUAAUAGCUUUGAAAUACAAUUUCUGGAUUUAAAAACGAGGAGGUAUGGCGCUCUAAAUUCGAACAACGUCUUUGUGUUGAAUUGGAAAUAUUGGAGAUGAAAAAAAUGUUCACAACACAAGUGGUCUGCUUUGAAUCACCUGGAGAAGGAAGACAUGAUCAUUUUCAACGCUUGGAAGAGUAGGUAUUCCUGAUUCUUAUGAGCUGAGAAAGAUCACGUUUGCUGUUCUUUCCCUUGUCGGUUCUACAUAUUAACAUAUAAAAAUAGAUUUUGCGCCAAAAAUUUUGUAAAAAAUACAGUUUUGUAUUUAGUAUAUAAAACCUUACAAUAUAAAUGAGUCAGAUAAAAUAAAAUUAUUAGAAAAAUUUUUUACUAAGCAACAACAUUUUUGUUUAAUUUAUUAAUAUUUUGUAUUUUGACAACGACAUCCGAUGUGGACGUCGAAACGUUAAUAAAAUUAUUUUGUUAGUUAAAUUGUGGCUAAUUUCCCAUUUAGAAUAGUUGCUUAAAAAACGAAAAAAAAACAGACGUUUCUACUAUGAUUAAAAACGAAUAUAUUGCCAAAAAACGAAAAAACACGUUUUAAUUUUUUGCCAGGUUAUGGAUUAUGGUUAUAGGAUUAAAAAUUUUUGGUCGAAUACUUCUUGAUGUAGAACAUGUGUGUUUAUUUGGAAUAUCGCUGGGAGCAUUUUUCACUAUCUUAACCGACUAGGCCCUUUAGUUUUAUUUAGUGUAAUAAAAGUUUUAGGUCUGGAUCCCGCGUAUGAAAAAAAAGUUGAUUAAUAGCAAGCUGAAAAUUUGUUAAUAGCUUAAGGGUGUCUAGUCGGACAAACUUUGAUAUAUGGGAACACUGGAACAGGGGAAGUUUUAAUUGUGGAACAGGUUAAAAAUUGGGAACGGUCAGACCACGAAAACGGCACAUGUAUUUUGUCCGACAGAAUAGACUUAAACUCUCCGAACAGAGAUUAAACGCUCAUGCAAAAAUCAGACUGCUAUUUAUUACCAAAUGGGCGUUUUAAUGAGUGGAACAUGUAGAAUAUGUCAAAUGACAGGAAUUAUGACAGGUGAUAAAUAGCAGUCUGAUUUUUGCAUGAGAGUUUAAUCUCUGCUCGGAGAGUUUAAGUCUGUUCUGUCGGACAAAAUACAUGUGCCGUUUUCGUGGUCUGACCGUUCCAAAUUUUUAACCUAUUCCACAAUUUAAACUGCCCCUGUUCCAGUGUUCCCAUAUAUCAAAGUUUAUUCGACCAGACACCCUUAAGCUAUUACCAAAUUUUCAGCUUGCUAUUAAUCAACUUUUUUUUCAUACGCGGGAUCCAGACCUAUUUGCUGAACAAGCAGAUUUGGCUGCCAAUUUUUUUUAAAUUGUUGUAUUGUUCCAUUCUAAACCAACUCAAUAUUAAAAAAAAGGCUGUCCACAAUAUGUCUGCAACGAAUUCUACAAUUAUUUGGUCACGUGGUUCGCAGAGGUGACGACAGUUUGGAGAGAUUAAUUGUUUCUGGAAACGUUCCGGGGAGAAGAUCAAGAGGACGAUCACCAACUAGAUGGUCUGACCAAAUAAAGCAUUCAGCUGGAAACUCAUUCUGCGAAGCUCUUAGAGCAGCUGAAGAUAGAGACCAAUGGAGAAACAUUGUUAGGAAUAUUGGAAGAAAUCACGAUCCUCAGUAAUGGGGAAACGACAGGAGAGAGAGAGAGAUUGUUCGUAUUUGGCUCUUUGGCUAAAAAGUUUGCCGACUAUUCUCUUAACUACUUCAGAUCCUCUUAGGGUUAUAAAAUGAUGGCUAGUAUGUGUUUUGAAUUUUUUAUACCUAAUAGGUACAAUUCUAUGAGUUGAUAUGUGCGUUCAAAUUGGAAUUGGAUUCUUCCCUGAAUAAAAUGUUUUCAAAAUUAUCAAACCUCCUUAUCAUUUCGUUUCAAAAUUUUAGUAGAUUCUUGUAAGAAUUUAUCUCUUGGACUAACUGGAUUUUCUAGGCGCUUAGUUAAAACCUCCCCCUCUAUCUUCUUCUUUUUGUGUAGACAUGACUCGAUCUGUUUUUUCAAUGUGCCUCCAUUAAGUUGUCGUUCCAUUGUUAUCGUGAUCUACCCACUGAUCCUCUUCCUAUUGGUAACCAGCUCUCGCCGUCCUUACUACUCUAUUUGUUUUCAUUCUGCUUAUGUGGUCGUUCCAUUCUACUCUUCUGUUUCUUACCCAGGUAUUAAUGUUCUUCACCUUGCAUCUCCGUCGCAUAUCUGUAAAUUAAAACCUGUGUUUAGAAUUAACCAAAACUUGAAUUUUUGAAAGUGAAAUUAUUCAGUAUGAGUGUUGGACUUCUUUUUAAUUUAUGACAAAUUUAAAAUUUAGAUUUGGAGUUUUCAACUUUCUGUUAAUUAUAAAUUAAAGUUAUAUGAGGUAGGGCGUUGUCAGACUAAUAAAGAACUAUCCUGUUUGACUCUAAUUAGUAGACCAAGCUGACUCUGUUGACGGCACCCCGAUUUUAUAUUAACGAAAUUGUGGUCUUGAACAAUCGAUUUUAAAUUGUACUAUAAAUAUAUCAACUCUAUUUUCUGAAUAGUAAACUAGUACCCAAGGGGCUAUAGUUAUAAUUUAUUUCUUCAAUUGCGGAGCUGCCAUGUUAGAUUUUUGUCUGCCAGUUCAACCUUUUGUAUAGAAUAAAUUUUUCUAGCAGUAUCUCGUUCGAUUAAAAUUAUAUGUACAAAAGUGUAAAUAUAAGUUAACAUUUUAGUUGUAAUAAGUGUUUUAAUAAACAAUUUUUGUAUAAA